UGUCACAAGUGAGCGCAUGGAGCAAGGCUGGCUGUCCCCUUGCUUGCUCUGCAGAUCCCACACUAAGCUGAAAGCUGCAAAAUAAGCCUGGAAGUGGGCAAAAACCCCAGUCCAUCUCAGCUCCUGGAAAGAGGGGCUGCUGAGGGGCCAUGGGGAACACCACGAGCGAGCGGGUGUCCGGGGAGCGCCAUGGCUCCAAAUCCCAGCGCUCCGACGGCUCCGGCGCCUCCCACCCCGCCAAGGAGCACCCGCACAAGAUCAUGGUGGGCAGCACCGACGACCCCAGCGUCUUCAGCUCCCACGACUCCAAGAUUCCUGGGGACAAGGAGUUUGUGUCGUGGCAGCCAGAUCUGGAGGAGUCAGUGAAGCCAUCCCAACAGGCUCGUCCAACUGUCAUACGCUGGGCUGAUGGAGGCAAGGAGGUCUUCAUCUCCGGAUCCUUCAACAACUGGAGCACCAAGAUCCCGCUCAUCAAGAGCCACAAUGACUUUGUUGCUAUCCUGGACCUUCCAGAAGGAGAGCACCAGUACAAAUUUUUUGUGGAUGGCCAGUGGGUUCAUGAUCCAUCUGAGCCUGUGGUUACCAGCCAGAUGGGCACGAUAAACAACCUCAUCCACGUCAAGAAGUCUGACUUUGAGGUGUUUGAUGCGUUGAAGGUGGAUUCCCUGGAAAGCUCCGAAACCUCAGGUCGGGAUUUAUCCAGCUCCCCACCGGGCCCUUACGGCCAGGAGAUGUACGUGUACCGGCCCGAGGAGCGCUUCAAAUCGCCGCCCAUCCUCCCGCCCCACCUCCUCCAGGUCAUCCUCAACAAGGACACCAACAUCUCGUGUGACCCAGCCCUGCUGCCUGAGCCCAACCACGUCAUGCUCAAUCACCUCUACGCGCUCUCCAUCAAGGAUGGCGUGAUGGUGCUCAGUGCCACGCACCGCUACAAGAAGAAGUACGUCACCACGCUGCUGUACAAGCCCAUCUGAGCCGGGCCUCACACGCUCCCCACGCAGGACACCAAACGCCGCUUGUCUGCACACACUGGGCCACGGGACUGUGUGACACCUGGCCACUGGCUCCAGCCUCCAACCUGGCAGGGACACGGGCCCCGGCAACAAGCUCAGGCCCACUGGGGCCUGUGACGCUGUCCCAUCCUACCAGCGUGGUUCAGCCCUUGGUUUCCACCCACCUGCAGCUUCCCUUGGCUUCUGUGAGUCUCUGGGACCACUUUGCUGCUCACCAGAACAGCCCUUCCUCACUCCCAACAGAAAAGGGCUUCACCCUGCCUGUCUUCUCCAGCCUGUGAGGGCCUCAAGGUGGUCCUGGCACUGCACCCAGUCCAGGCUCCAGGAACACAUCCUGUUCUUCUGAAGGUUGUGCUGCUGCCCUGGUGCUGAAUCUCCAAGGCCACCUUGUCUGCUAGGGGCUCUCAGAGUGACACUCCAGCCUGACACCUGCCCCCUGUUCCACAGCCCUGGCUGUGGGGCUGCCCCCCAGCUUGUUUGAACCUCUGCGAGGUUCAGCGUCCAGCCAGCAUGAUGGACAGCACAGCUGGACACAGCCACUUACCUGCUGCUGUGAGAGCACCAUCAAGGACUGCAACGCCCUGUGCCCAACAUCAGCUGCUUCUGUGGGACAGGGCUGACUUUGUCACAGCCAGAGGGGCACUGGCACAUGCCCUGGGAAGAGCAGAGGCGGGCAGGCACUCCAGGACCCCGGCUGCACCGCCUGCUGCCGCAGCAGCGCCAUGGGACAGGGGGUUCUCUAUUUAUUACAGUAUUUAUUGUUCUCCGUG